AUGGCGGUGGAUUUAUUUCCACCCACGAUUAUCAUCAUUCCUGAGUUUACCAGGGAAGAGGAUGAUGCUGCCCUGUGGUCUACGGAGAUCCCCCGAGCCUCCUCCUCCUCCUUCUUGCUCAGCUCCACCCUGCAUGAACGGUUCAUCCCGUUGGGUGAUAAACCGCUGUACGUUAUUUCACCCAUCACAAUCAUUGUCAAGGAGCCCCGUUACCUGUUUAGCUGCAUCUUGAUUGACGAAUCUACCGAUAGCGUAAUGAGGGGAUGUUUGACCUGCCGCCAACGCCAUUUGAAAUGUGACAAAACUGGGACCGAAUGCCUGCGUUGCCAACGAUCGGGUCGGCAGUGUAUCCCCGUGCCUGUAAAGCCGGAAGAGGUCACCUUCCGACACGGGCAGAACCCAUCUUUGCGAUCCAGAGGCCCGCCUCGAUACGGAGAGAGCGAUCUAUUCUUCCCAGAUGACCAGGUGUGGGUUGAGGUGUCGGGCGACGGUGCGUCUGCCCACUUGUCCGUCGAACCUAGAGAUACCGAGAAUUGUCGCGAGGGAAUGGCGGUUCUUUCCUUCGAAGACGAAACAGAACGGACAGCCGCCGAUUAUCGCAUUGUUCUUUCAUCUUCCUCACCUGUGGCUUUGCGGGAACCGCUUGAAGGUCGGCCCUCAACCGCGAUGGCAGCUUUACCUUCAGCCACCGGCUCUCACCCAGCAUUUUCUUCAGGCAGCUCAGCUUCCUCAAGAGUCUUGUCCGAAUCACGGACACGCUCAUUUAGCUCAUUUACCCCGCCGAGUUCUUCAAGCGAUCGCCCAAAAUUAGCCGACUUUAAUGAAGCCUUCCUUCUCCGGCAUUUCCAGAAAGCGCUAGGCCCGUGGCUGGAUGUCUGUGAUCAUGAAAGGCAAUUUUCGACUGAUGUGGUAGAGCGAGCGCCUUCCUACCCUCUUCUACUCUACGCCUGUUUAGCCACAGCAGCGCGUCAUCUUUCUCACACAACGAACCUCAUUCCCCCGAAUACUGCAGACGAAUACCAUGAGAGAUGCAUUGCGAUUCUUCUUCCAGGGCUGGAAAAUUGGGAAACCAAGAUAGGCAUUGACAUUUUACUUGCAUCCACGAUCAUACUCCGUUUCUUCGAACAAAUAUCCUCCCACGCUCCAUCUAGUGACCUCCAACGACACCUCUUAGCCGGCUCCGUGUAUAUAAGCUCUCAAGUCGAGUGUGCAGUCUCUGGCGGACUUGCCGAGGCGUCCUUUUGGGUCUUUGUGAUGCAGGACAUCCAAUUUGCCCUGUCUUGUCGAAAUCCGCUUCGUCUCACGCUGAGCCCUUUUGACGAAAAACUCCAACAUAUGUGGGCACAUAAGGUGCCGCAAACUGACCGAGACUGGACACAUCGAGCAAUAUGGCUUCUGGCGGAGACAAUCAACUACUGCUACAGCGUAAACAACCCGAUUCAUACGAAUGCCACUCGCAGGAACCUCCUGAAGCAAAAAUUAGCCGUGUGGGAAGCGCGCAAACCAGAUGGAUUUCGACCGCUACAUUUUUCGCUCGCCGAUCCUAGAAUAGGGAGACCCUACCCUGUGGUUUGGUUUACUCAAUCAUUAUACGCCAGCGCAAUGCAGCAUGUCUGCAUGGCUAAAGCUCUAAUACAUGAAUAUGAGCUGCGGACAAUCUACACGAUCUCUAACCCAAACCAUGAAGGCAAAAGAAUCGAGGGUGAGCUGAUGAAAAGCCUCGAUAUCAUUUUCGGAAUUGCCCUAUCGAGCGACGAUGACCCAUCUGCUCGUAUCAUGGCCUGCCACGCGCUCUGUGCCUGUGGCACCUGGGUUCGCGAUCCUCUCGCACAAAGGUGUCUUCUCGACCUACUUCGAAAGACGGAAGCAGAGAACGGGUGGCCAUGGGCUUUCGUGGUCCAGAAGCUCAGCCAAGACACCACCAAGGCGUCAGCGUCGCCAGGUGUUGUGGGGGCCACCAAACAGUUUGCAAGUCUCCUAGUUCCCGUUAGCGAUUUAGAAACGAGCAAGAAUGAAUGGGACGACGAUCUUCCAAGUUCCAACGGUUCCUUGUGGUCGACGAAUCGACUCCGGGUCACAAGUUCGGACCGUUUUGACAGUCUCCAAUCAUAA